UAAGGAAACAGUAAGAUAAAGCACGGUGCUUUUGAAAGCCAUUUAAGGACAACAUUGUUCCUGUUUUCCCUUCAGUUUUCCCUAUUUGUGCAGAGCGCUGAGAUAACCAGUCAUGCACAGACAAGGCUUCACUCAGUUCCAGUCCAUGUAAACAUCCCCUGCCCUCCCAUCAAAGGGCAUCCCGACAUUUCCAGUAAUGGGAAUUACACCUGAGCAGGCCUCCAAGAUGCCAGGAGCAGUUUGCACAUGUAACGGAACCAAUAUGGUGAGAUCUGUCAAUAUUUGCCCACUUUGGAGAAAUCAAAGGAGGAAUCCCGCUGAGCGGACACACGUUGUCUAUAAAACGUAAGGCUGGGUGCACACUCGGCACCCUGGGAUCAUCCUGCUCAUCACGAGUGCUGCCUACCACGAGGCCAUGAAGCUCCUGGUGCUCCUCAUCUGCCUUGCAGGGCUGGCCCCCGUGAGCUGCAACUUGCUUCAGUUUGCUUCCAUGAUUAAGGAGAAGACUGGGAAGUCUGCGCUGUCCUACAACACCUACGGCUGCCACUGCGGCCCUGGGGGAUCCAAGAUGCCGGUGGAUCCAACUGACUGGUGCUGUCAUGCCCACGACUGCUGCUACAAGAGGUUGACAUCCUUGACCUGCGUUCCCCACCUUGUCCCUUACGAUUUCUCCAUCAAGGGAGGCCAGAUCACAUGCGAAUCUGUGAGUUCAUGUAAAAGAGGUACCUGCGAGUGUGACAAGAAGGCAGCAGAGUGUUUCAAGAGGAACCUCAGAACCUUCAGCAAAAGCUACCAGAAUUAUUCAAACUUCAAGUGCAAGGGCUCACUUCCCCGUUGCUAGAGAUGCCAGACUUGAAACCUGAAGGAAAUGUUUUAAAUUGAGAUUCUCUUCUUGCAGUGAGAUGGAGCAAGGCACAACUCCAGACUCACUGCACCAAAAAGGCACUUGGAAUCUCUCCACCAAGCCUGCCAGACCCUGAAUUGGUGCACAACGAAAGCUUGCUCCUCAGAAUUAAAUAAAUCAUAAAAAAACUUUGCAAAUAAAAAUAAUUUUCCAAGACAACUUCUAA